CGAGUGAAAAAUAUGUCCCUUUUUUCCCCGUCAGAUAUUCGAAACCAGAUUAUCCGGACCUCCAACUGUUCCUGGCCAGCUCUUCCGACGCCACGGACGGGGGCGCCUUCCACGCGAAGGCACUCGGCAUCACGGACGAGGUGUACGAGGCCGUGUUCCGGCCCGUCGCCUUCCAAGACACGUACUCCUGUGUGCCUCAGUUGCUGCGGCCCGAGUCGCGGGGACACAUCCGCCUGCGCUCCGGGAGCAUGCUGGACAAGCCCGUCAUCCAGCCCAAUUACCUCAGCGUCCAGCGCGACGUGGACCUGCUGGUGGAAGGGGAGAAGUUCUGCAGACGGCUGGCGCAGACGAAGGCCAUGCAGGCACUCAACGUGACCAUCAACCCCAACAAGUUCCCCGCCUGCAGCCACCUGCCGUUCGAGUCUGACGAGUACGCCGCCUGCCAGGCGCGCCAGUACACCAUGACCAUCUACCACCCGGUGGGUACGUGCCGCAUGGGCCGGCGCGACGACCCGCUGGCCGUGGUGGACGAGCGCCUGCGCGUGCGCGGCGUGCGCGGGCUCCGCGUCGUGGACGCGUCCGUCAUGCCCGCCGUCCCCAGCGGCAACACCAACGCGCCCACCAUCAUGGUGGCCGAGAAGGCCGCCGACCUCAUCAAGGAGGACGCCGACCGCGGCGGAGAGAAGGCUGCGCUGGCGCGCACGCGCCCCGCCGCCCAGUGCGCCACUUGCGCGGACGCAGGCGCCGCCGCCCCGCCCCGGGCAGCGGCGAGGGGCCGCGACGAGGAGCUGUGAUAGGAGUCGAGGGGAGGGACUGAGCAGCAGCAGGACGAGGACCGCGGCUGCCGAACAAGGCUGUGAUUAACUGUGUGUCAUUGACUGCGGCGGAACCCAUAGAGGCGGUUCCACCGCAGCCUCUGUGAUUACAAAUACAAAGAAACUGUUAGAAUUGUACACAACAAUGUUUUUAGAAUAAAACUUAAUUAAACAUA